AUGCAGAGGAUCAGGAGUUCAGGACUCCGCCGAGAGAAGCCGACUAGCAACUCCAAGGAAAAAUGGACCCCGAGAAGCAGAUCAAGUUCAUGACCUACAACGUUUGGUCCCGCGAUGACAUUGUCGUCUACAGAAGAAUGCAGGGCAUCGGCCGCUGUGUGGAGGAACAUCAGCCUGAUGUGAUCUUCUUUCAGGAAAUCACCCCCUACAUUCUUAAGAUUUGUCAUAGUUUCUCAUGGUGGAAAGAUUACCAUUGUUCACCGAUCUCCCUGGAAGAACGCGAAGGCAAAAGCUUCUGCAUAAUGCUGAGCAAGGUUCCUAUGGAGAAUCACGCGCGCUGGAAGUUCACCACCACGGCAACAGGCAAAAGCUAUCUAGAGGCCGACAUUAUCCCAGGCCUCGAGCUGGGGUCGAUGACGGCGAUGAAGCCAAUCCGCAUCGCCACGACCCAGCUCGAGCCCCCCUGCCCACCGGAGUCAGUGCGCUGCAUGGAGCGCUACACGCAAGCCGAGCACUCCAUGGCGGCGCUGAGCAGCGCGGAGAACGUCGUGUUCGGCGGCGACAUGAGCUGGGACGACAACAUGGACCUGCCGUUCCCACUCCCCGCAGGCUGGGUCGACGCCUGGACAGAACUGAGGAGUCUGAACCAAUACAGUUGGACUUACAACAGUUUCUGGGCCGAAAAGAUCGGGGAGUUCAAUGGCUACAGAGCUCCUGUCUCAGAGAUGAAGAAGCGGUCAGACCGGUUUGUGUGCAAGCUACAAGAUUACACACUGAAAGCAAUCGAUCUGAUCGAGGACAAGGGUCUUGGGAUUUGUUAUGUGAAGAAGUACAAGCGGAUCGACCUCGAAAAGGUGGAGCUAAUGCGGAGUUGUCACCGCGGGUUGGUUCUGACCAUCGUCCCCAACGAGCCCUUGUCAAGCGCGCAGCAGCACGGGUGAAUAAGAUUGUCUGAUGACACAGCUUCUUUUUCGUCUCUGAUGUCCCCAGCUCUGAGUUGCAACCAUAACUGCGUUAAAACAUUUACGUUUUUGAAUCUUUGCUUUUUUAUGGAGCUUACUGUCAACAAGAAAUUCAUGUUUGUCGGUUGGAUAUAUCGAUUUUGCGCAAAAUUGUGCACU